AUGUCUAAAAACAAUCUGAAUGAAGACCUUCCCUGGAAUCUUCAUGAUAUUUCUAGUGGCUGUGUUAGAUACUCACUACAAGAGUUGGAUCUGAGCUAUAAUGAAAUCACUAGUUCAAUACCUGACCUUUCAAUAUUUUUAUCUUUGAAAACAUUGGAUCUUUCUGAAAAUCAAUUAAGAAAGAUACAUGAAGGUUGCAUAUUGUCAUCUCAGUUGGAGUCUUUGUUUAUCAAAUCAAACUCUUUAGAAGGUGGAAUUCCAAAAUCAUUUGGGAACGCAUUUGCUUUGCGCUCAUUGGACUUGUCCAAUAACAAUUUGAGUGGAGAGCUUCCAGUGAUAAUCCAUCACUCGUCCGGAUGUGCUAGAUACUCUCCGCUAAAUGGAAAGAUUCCUGAAGAUAUUCGAUUUCCAUCUCAACUGGAGGAACUAUAUAUGUAUUCAAACUCUUUGGAAGGUGUGAUAAGUGACUCCCAUUUUGCUAAUAUGUCUAAGUUAGAGUGGUUGGACUUAUCUGACGACUCAUUGACUGUGGCUUUUAGAAAAAACUGGAUUCCAUCUUUUCAAUUACAGGACAUAGGAUUGAGAUCUUGCAAGCUAGGUCCAGCAUUUCCCAAAUGGUUGCAGACACAAAAUGACUUCAAAGUUCUUGACAUUUCUAAUUGUGGAAUAUCAGAUAUUGUUCCAAAGUGGUUUUGGGCUAAAUUUGCACUAUCGGAGUUGUCGAACAUCAAUAUUUCAUACAACAAGCUCAAAGGUACAAUUCCAAAUUUGCCAGUAAAGAAAACUCCUUUUUCCUUUACUCUUGCAUCAAAUCAAUUUGAUGGUUCUAUUCCACCAUUUCUACGAGAUUCUCUGUCUCUUGAUUUGUCUAAGAAUAAAUUUCCAGAUUCUCUUUGGUUUUUAUGUGCUAAUGGUACAGUUGAAACAUUAGCCCAAUUAGACCUUUCAAAUAAUUACUUUUCUGGACAAAUUCCGGACUGUUGGAGCCAUUUCAAGUCAUUAGCUUAUUUAGAUUUGAGUCACAACAAUUUUUCAGAAAAGAUUCCUACUUCAAUGGGAUUGCUUCCUGAACUUCAACUCUUAGAUCUCUCAUUGAACAACCUAUCUGGACGAAUUCCCAAAUGCUUCACAAAUUUUACUUCAAUAGCUCAAAAGACUUCCUCAAGAGAUUAUCCAGGUCAUAUGUAUCUUUCCAACCCUGGUGGUAGACUAAGUGAUGAUUCAUUUGGUUUGAAUGCAUUCUUGAUGUGGAAAGGUGUGGAGCAAAUUCUUGCUCAAAUUGAUCGGCUUGCAAUGUUAGAUUUUUCACAUAACCAUCUAUCUGGAAAAAUUCCUACUGGCACACAAUUACAGAGCUUUAAUGUCUCGAGUUAUGAAGAUAAUCUUGAUCUUUGUGGAAAGCUACUUGAAAAUUUGUGUACUGAAGCGAAGCCACAAAACCAACCAAUUGUCAAAUCUCAUGAGGAUGAAUAUAUGCUUUUUACUCAUGGAUUUUACGUGAGUAUGGCAUUUGGAUUUUUUAUAGGCUUUUGGGGAAUUUUUGGCUCAAUUCUGGUAAACCGCUCUUUGCGACAUGCUUAUUUCAGGAUAUUGAACAAUUUGACUCAUAGUAUUUACAUCAUGAUAGCGGUGAAAGUUAAGUAG